UCAAGGAGAACUUUGCUGAGAGCUGGAGCACGCCAGCAGCGGGGCUCGCGGCCAUCCAGCGCCUGCCCGGACAGGAGGCUGCGGCCCAGGACUUAGUGGCUUGGAGGGACCAGGGUGGGCCAGCCUGGGGUGGCCCCAUCCUUGCCUCCCUGGGCCCAUGAGCAUCAACGUCUCUGCAGAGACCAAGGACCCUGGAUUCCUCCAGUGACAGGGGUUUGGCCUCUGGACAGAGAGUUCUGGAUGGUGCUCUCCAGACGCCCAAGGACUGUAUUCAGUGCCCAGGAAUAGCUGCUGCCUCUGGGCAACCUUGCAGGCACCAUCUCCACUCAGGACAUGGGCACCCGUAAUGAUGCCCCCGAAGCCAAGUUCCUGCCCGCCGUGGCUGUGUACUGCGGGAGCAUCCCUCGGACUGGGGCUGGGUCCCGGGUGCUCCCGCCUGGAAGCAUCAACUCCAGUCUGCCUCAUGGAGAAGGUUCCCUCCAGUCUGAGCCCAGCACCCUGCUGAACAAUGAGGAACCGUCACAGCUCCUGAGUGGACACAGAGAGCUGGGUGGCCUCAAGCUGGAUGCCCCUUCCAAGGGCUGGCAGGCCAGGAAUGGUCACCCCAGGAACGUCGGGGCCUUGUCUUUGGGGGCCCAGCCCCUGGUGCUCCUCCCUUCUCUGGAGUCAGAGGCCAACAGCGUGGCCAGGGACACCACCCAGAUUAAGGACAAGCUUAAGAAAAGGAGGCUCUCAGAGGGCUUGGCAGCGUCUUCCCGAGCCUCUCUGGAUCCAGGGGAAGGCCCCCAAGGAGUUCCUCUGCGGAGCACCAUACCCCGAGCCACCUCGCAGAGGCUGCUGAGGUUACCUAGGCCGAUGCCUCCCAUCCAGAGCAUCCCCACCACCCCCGAGGCCAGCAGAGCCAAAGAGAAGGGCCUGGACCCUCUGGGGAGCAUUCAUGGUCCUUACCAGUUGCGACCCGGUGCUCAGGAGGUGCAGAUCUCCGGGCAAUACCUGCACUGCAGUGAUGAGAAGAUGCAGAAGUCCCUGGGGGGCGUCGUGAUCCUACCCAUCCCGAAGGCCAGGACAACCCCCUCCCAUGUGCCUGGCUCCCUUCCCAGCCCAUUGCCUCCAGGCCAGAGUGACCUCGCAGGCUGGAGGGCCCCACGCACGCGAUUGGCUGGGGAGAGUGGGCCUCGGGAGAAGACCCCUGCAUCUCUGGAGCCAAAACCUUUGGCCUCACCCAGCAGAAACAGGCCUGCCGCUGCUGAGAAGCUGGCCCUGCCUUUUUCUCAGUCUGCUCCCACGCUGACAGCCUUCUCCUUCGGCCAUGCCAAAGAAGCCCAGCCUCCACUGAAAGAAGAAGACCAGAAGGAGAUCAGCAGCAAGAUCCAAGUCACCAUCUCCAAGUCUGCCCGGGAGAAGAUGUGGCUGAAGCAGAUGAGGGAGAUGGAGCUGCUCCGGAGGCCGGAGGAGCCCAGGACCGAGCGGGAGCUCACUUCCCAGGGCGUGGGCUCCCGCAGAGCCUUCAUGAAGGAAGGCCUCCUUCCCCUUCGGGGCAGCAGGACCAUGUCUGUGCCCACUAGGCUGAGCAGACCACGCAGAAACGACGUCGGCAUCAUCCUGAGGAAGCGGGCCAGCCAGGCCUCCCUGCCCAGUAUCCCUGUCAGCAAGCAGGAGCCCUGCUUUGCCCGCCAUGCCUCAGCUAACUCAUUACCUGCGGUGCUCACAUGGGGGUCUCCUGAAUGGGAAGAGGAGGAGGAGGUGGAUCUUAGAGGAUUUAAGGAGCUGAGGCCUUUCUCAAACCCGGAGCUGGGGCUGAUGGACGCACUCCAGUGUCUUAACAGCAGUGACUGGCAGAUGAAGGAGAAGGGCCUGGUGAGCAUCCAGCGCCUGGCAGCCUGUCACUCGGAGGUCCUCACUGGGAGGCUGCACGACGUGUGCUUGGCGGUGACUGGGGAGGUCACCAACUUGCGAUCCAAGGUGUCUCGCCUGGCCAUCAGCACCUUGGGAGACCUCUUUCAGGCCUUGAAGAAGAAUAUGGACCAGGAGGCCAAGGAGAUCGCCCGCUGCUUGCUGCAGAAGAUGGGGAACACCAGCGAGUUCAUCCAGAGAGCAGCCGGCCGGUCCCUGGGGGCCAUGGUGGAGAACGUGACCCCUGCCCGCUCCCUGGUGGCCCUCACCUCGGCGGGCGUCUACCACCGGAACCCCCUGGUCCGGAAAUGCACAGCUGAGCACCUCUGGGCGGUGCUGGAGCAGAUCGGCGCUGAGAAGCUUCUCUCGGGCACCAGAGACAGCACAGAUAUGCUGGUGCACAACCUGGUGAGGCUAGCCCAGGACUCCAACCAGGACACCAGAUUUUAUGGCCGGAAGAUGGUGAAUAUCUUGAUGGCGAACACUAAGUUUGACGCAUUUCUGAAGCAGUCCCUCCCAUCCCACGACUUGCAGAAGGUCAUGGCAGCCAUUAAACAGCAGGGAACAGAAGAUCAUGAUGAACUUCCCUCCGCCAAAGGCCACAAGGUGUCAAGGAGUCUGGUGGUGUGUGAGAAUGGGCUGCCCAUCGAGGAGGGGCUCAGCUCCAAUGGCCCGAGGCUGGUGGGGCUGCGCUCCUCGCUGCGGGGCGGCCGGGAGAUGGUGGAGCAGCUUCGGGAGCUGACGCGGCUGCUGGAGGCCAAGGACUUCCGGUCCCGGAUGGAAGGCGUGGGGCGGCUCCUGGAGCUCUGCCAGGCCAAGCCGGAGCUCGUGGCUGCCCACCUGGUCCAGAUCUUUGAUGCUUUCACCCCAAGGCUUCGGGAUUCCAACAAGAAAGUGAACCAGUGGGCGCUGGAGUCCCUCGCCAAGAUGAUCCCCCUCCUCAAAGAGAGCUUACACCCCGUGCUGCUCUCCAUCAUCAUCGCUGUUGCAGACAACCUCAACUCCAAGAACUCAGGGAUUUAUGCGGCUGCGGUGGAUGUGCUGGAUGCAAUGGUUGAGAGCCUGGACGACCUUUGCCUUCUUCCAGCAUUUGCUGGGCGGGUGCGUUUCCUGAGUGGCCGUGCAGUGCUGGAUGUCACGGAUCGCCUGGCAGUGCUGGUGGCCUCAGUUUACCCCCGGAAGCCUCAGGCGGUAGAGCGGCAUGUCCUUCCUGUCCUCUGGCACUUCCUGAACACCACCCCCUGGAACGGCAUCCUGCCCGUGCCCAGUGGGAACGUCCGUGCGGUGGUGUGCCGGCUGUCCCGGAGCCUCCAGGAGCACAUGGGCUCCCGCCUGCUGGACUUUGCCACCAGCCAGCCAAAGCAUGUCCUCAAGACGCUCCAGGACCUCUUAGACUCAGAAUCCUUGGGAGGCAGCCACAAGGCCACCGAAAGAGGGGUGACCCCUGACAGCAAGACAACUGGCAGCUCACACCCUCUCCAGCUGGAUUAAAGACGGAUCUGAAAUGGGCAAUUAUUAUUUUUUAUCUUGUUUCAUUUUUAUGGUGGAAUACUCUCCUGGUUACUUUACCCCUUAGAGUUCCAGAUGUACAUGGUGUAUUUUGAAGUAGAAAUAAAAGAGUUACUUAUUUUUCUAA